AUGCCUUCAGGCUUCAUUUCCCUAAGCGGUGGUGCAGAAACGACAAAGGAAGAGAACAUGACUAAGGCUAUAAAGAAUAUUCUUAGUGAGAAUUUUGAUGAUGAUGAAGCAACAGAGUCUCAGACUCUAUUGUAUAAAAAUCUAUGGCUUGAGGCUGAGGCUGCAUUAUGUUCCGUCUCUCACAAAAAUCGCUACAAUCAAAUGAAGAUUGAAAUGGAGAAACAGUCAUACAAGCAAAGAGACAUGGAGCAGCAUUCAAAAUCAGAAGUUAUUCCUAGUUUAAGCAGGAGUGAGAGUUCUGCAAUUGAAGUUAACAAAUGUCUAAACUCUUAUUCUUCUACUGCUACCAUCCCAAAACUUGGAGGGUUUGCUUCAUCAACAAUACAGCUUAUUGGUAUUGUUGUUGUGAUGUCACAGGUUACAUGGCAAGUUUUUCUCCUAGUUGUCCCAAUGGCAAUUGGUUGUUUAUCGAUGCAGAAAUACUACAUUGCUUCCUCAAGGGAACUGCCACAAUCAGAGGUUCUGGUGAAAUCACUUCAGAAUACCAAAUACUCAAUCAAUGAAAAUCUAGAGAGUAGCUCUAUCAAUCUUUUUAGGCAAAAUUCAAUAGACCAUGCUGUAGAGGAGGAUGGAGAACUAGAAACUUUGGAUAGUGGUGAAGAUAAUAAUGGAGUGGAUUCAGAUGGUUCAGAAUCAUCUGAUCAAGAUGAAACUGAUAGAGAGACUGGACGGAGCAAACAGAUUUCAACUGUACCUAUUCAGCUUAGCAUAUAUUCGCCCAAUGUUGUUAACUUGACACUCAUUGAUCUUCCUGGGCUUACGAAGAUAGCUGUAGAGGGCCAACCUGAUAGUAUUGUGCAUGACAUUGAGAAUAUAGUUCGCUCCUACAUUGAGAAGCCGAACUUUCAUGUUCAAGGAAGAGAGCUUACGUCAGGAAAUGGUCUACGUGGAUGUAUCCACCUAGUUGAUUUGGCUGGAAGUGAGAGGGUUGAUAAAUCUGAGUUCAUAGGAGAUAGGCUAAAGGAGGCUCAACGUAUUAACAAGCCCUCAGGAAAAAUUACUUACAAAACUGGAAACAAGGUAAUUUGCUGUUUGGAAGGGGCGAGAAUUGGCAUACAGUAUGAGACAUCUUUUGCUGGUGAACCUUGUGAUUUUUACCACUGUGUACUGGAGAGCAAGUCAUUUCUUGAAAAGAUGACUGUCCUUGAGCACACACUUCCAUAUUUCUUGCCUAUACACGAAAUAGAAAAAGAUCUCCUUUCAUCCAAUGCUAUGAAAUUCAUAGAUCAUGUUGAAGAUCUAUUGCAGGCAUACGUGGAUAGACGGGAACAGAUUGAUCAAGGGACUGUUGGCACAUCUCAACAAGCUGAAAGUGGAUUGCCAGAUGCAUUUGACAUAUCUCUGUCUCACUUUACUCUCGUUUUGGCACUUGAAAAUGAAUCUGGUGGUAUCCAAGAAAUUGCACUGGAGGUUGACAUCCGUCUAAUAUUUAAUUUGAGAACUACUGGAAUGAAUGAAAGCCAGUCAAACAAGAAUAACAGUUCUGUGAAGGAUGUUGCAGUUACUGAUGUCUCUUCUCCUUACUUUCCGUCAAAAAUCAUACGUGAGAACUCUGUUGAUUCACUACAAAUAACUAAACAGUAUCCUAGCUACUCUUCAUUCCAAAACUAA